AUGUCGUGGCUUUGGAGCACCGCGCCGCCGUCCGACGAGGCCUCCCCCGGGCCUGCAGAGGAGCUGUCGAGUGACCCGUACGGUACGGGCUCUCCGUCGGACUUUGCGAGCGCCUUCGACGACGACUUCGACGCGUCCACCCCGCCGGCCGAUUCCUUCGACAUCUACUCCACUGCCCCGACCCCUUCCUUCUCCGCCGACGCAUUCGACACGCCCCUCCCCUCGUCCUCGUCCGCGCCGGCGAUCGACUUCGGCUCGAUGGGCCGCAUCAACCCGUCGGUGCUCUCGCCGCGCUCGCUGCGCGCGCGCCCGUUGGACGACGUCGAAUACGUCUUCGCCGAGGACUACCGCGCCUUCCGCAAGAAGUCGGGCACCGAGCAGCUCACCUACCUCGCCGGCGGCUCGUACUUGACCGGCGCCGUCAUCGGCGCCGGCCGCGGCUUCUACGGCGCCAUGCACGACAGCGCUGGGAAAGCCGCGAAGCUUAGGGUCAACGCCGUGCUGAACGGCACGGGGAAGAGAGGCGCGGCUAUGGCCAAUACUUUUGGCGUUCUCGCCCUGGCUUUUUGCUUGUCGGAGAGCAUCCUGUACAACUAUACCAGUGAUGAGACGCUGACUAACUAUGCCGCGGCUGGCGCGGCAGCAGGCGCGCUGUAUAAGAGCACGCGCGGCCCGAGGACGGCGGCUAUCUGGGCCGCUGCCGGCGCCGCUACGGCUAUUGGUACCGUUUGGGCGUCGAGGGAGGGGUAUUAUGGAAGGGGGUUGCAAGGCGUUUUGUGAGGGGGGUCGCCUUCGAUUGUUUUGCUGUACUUUUUUUUUGGUUUUGGCCAAGUUUUAUCGGUGGACGGGCUAGGUGAAGGUGGAUGGGCGCUGAUGCUUUUGUGAAUAUUGAUCUGCGUGAUGGGCAAAGCUGCAUGCUUUGCGGGAGGUGAGAAUUGUUUAGAAUAGAAGUGCUUUUCCUCGGUUUGCUCUUGCAAUGUGGGCACGACCCUCGAUGUAGCGAACUUUGUGCUCUCAUGUUUGUUGUGACGGGUGUAGUGAGAUAUAGUGUUGCCUUGUUCAAAGGCUUGAUGAUGAUGCCGAGGUAUGAAGUGGAUGCUACUUUUGAGCGCGCCUUCUUCAAAGAAGGCACGAAUGGCGGGCGUUUUGCUUUUGGUGCUUUUGUGGUGGCACAGUUGAUCUUUUGCUGAAUGCAGUGAGGUAUGGACAAGAUCUGCAGUGCUGCUUUUUUUCGUGAAGACAGCAACUUUUGGGGCGCACAGUUGCGGCCAGUGUAUGUCAUCAAUUGUACAUCGCCGCGCUCAAUCAUGUGUUUUCAUGUAGGGUACAUUCGCUAAACAGAAACACUUUUCUGGAAGAAGAACAAGCUUGUAUAUUUGUCUUGGUUCGUUGCCAAUCCAGGGUCGCAGGACCGCUUUCAUGAAUCAGCUUUGCAUCCCACUGCAGCCUUCUGUUUGUGCGGGGGGAUGCAUGGCUCCUACAGUAUACAGUCGGUACCGUUGAAGGCAGCAACCGAGAGCAUCCCGAUAUUGUUGCUUGCGUUGCCGUCGGAGGCUGCCCACGGUCCAGGGACUCGUGUUUGACAACUGCAGCAAGUGUGCGGCCAGCUACACUUAUUGGGUGCAUCCAGAAAAUAACACUGUAUCACUCGACUACUUUUUUGAGCAAUCAGCGACCGAUAAAGUGGUCGCCGGCUGACUACUUUUGACCAUCUGA